UAUUGGACUUUUUAUUCUGACAAACGGAAACGGGACAAUCUCUCUCGUCUCUCCACCAUUUCUCCGUCUUCUGCGUUUCGCUCCGCCUCUUCUUCUUCUUCUUCAAAGUUCAACCUGCUACGGCGGCUGCCUCCGGCGACGCCCCAACGAGAGCACCUCCGGCACCGAUCUUCCCUUCACUUCCACCCCCUUCAAAGUUCAACUGCACCAUGUUUGAACGCUUUGGGAUCUGAAUCGGACCCUAAAUCUGAAUCUGGGUUCUCUCUCUGUGUUCUGAGACACAGAGACAACAAUGGCUGCCAUGGCUUGCUUGACGUGGUGAGCGGCGUCGAGGGAUCCACCAAGUGCGAUUUGGAGGAGUCCCGGCUCAGGGCCGUCGCCAUUCUCGAUCUGGCUUUUCUGAUCCACGUUAUGUUUGUUCUGCUGAUUAUAUUUGUCAUUUAUGCUGUCAUUGCCAAGGCUGUUGGCGUGCGGAGAAUUGGGUCUUAUGAAGCUUUACCAGCUGCUGCUAUUGGGGAAACCAACCAUAUACAGAUGAAAGCAUUGACGGGCACCCAGGCUUAAUCUCUUUAUUUGGUUGGCUUAUCCAAUUCGUGUUUUUCAACUCUUGUUCUUAUUGUAGCUGUGCUGCUUCAUUGCUGUAAAAGAUUUUGUGCAUUUUUCUUACGUGCCUCAGUAUCAACGGAAUUUUCUUGUAUAAUCUGACCCCCCUCCCCGGCUGAAACUUUUUACAAAUGCUUCAGGUACUCGAUACUUUUUUAGGAUAGCUAUCUUGACGGGCUACAGCGCUUGAAUUCUUCCUUGAAUUAGUGUACCAAACAUGCUGUUGGCUUUCGUACUUCAUUAAAUCAAAGUGGUGCAAUAUUCUUCCUUACUUUAUUGCUGUUUGAACUGGGUGCUUGAUUCCUUGCUGGGAUACCAUUGUUUCGUUCUGAUGCUUUUUGGGUACCCUUAACUUGAAUUUGAUAUCGGAUACACAGCAUGUCUUUUGUA